GUUGCCAGUGGUAAUGGAUUGUUUACCAAAUCUGUUUCCACAUGCUUCAUAAAAGCACACAGGGAACCAAGGGGAUUUUAUGGAAUAUAAAGCUGUCACCAUUCUGAUCCUACUACAAUCCUUCUGAAAUGGCAACAGACACCAUUCAGUCAUUAAAUUCAGAUUACCGAAUGCUUCAUGCUGCGGAGCAUGGGAAGCUACAUAAAGGUAACGCAUUAUGUUCAUCCAUGGUCUCAGUUCCUUCUAAGUACCGAACAAUGUUUAUCAGUGACACUGAAAAAAGGGGAUUCCAGUCUCAGAUGAAGAGAUUUCGAUAUGAAAGUAACCAGAAUGAAAACCCUGGUCCAGGUUCAUACAAUGUAACUCACAGCCCAGCUGAAAGUCAUAGCACCUCAUGGUCAAAGAAAGGAACUGGAAGCUUUGCAUCUAAGGCUUCUAGAGUUCCUCGUAGUAGAGCAAUUAAAACUCCUGCAGCAAAUACUUACAACAUUUCAACAUCGAUCUUGUCUAGAAAAGACUUCAGCAAAGGACCAUCCAGUGUGUUUCAUCAGCCUAUUGCUGUUAAAGUAGAAAACAAAAAGAAUUGGACCCCAGCCCCAAAUCAGUAUGAGGUGUCUGAUGAAUAUUGUCGAAGGACCAACAAUGCAUCAGCUCAGUCGUCAUUUCUGUCAAAAAGCAGGCGAGAAGUGUUACCUCCUGCAGCCCUGAAGGGACCUUCCCCUUGCCAUUACAGAGUUAAAGAUUCCUUGACAAAGUGUUCUUCUAGGACACCAGUUUCUUGUUUCAGAUCUACAACUGCCCGCAUUCAGAAUGACAAUCUUCAAGCGACUCCUGGGCCAGGAACAUAUGAUCCUUAUCAGCCUACAGCACUAAUGACAAAGAUGAUAUUCCCAAAGAUACACUACUUGAGCAUUUCUGCUCCAGCAAUUCCACCACCCAGAACACCCCCUCUGCCUGGGCCGGGUCAGUAUGACAUCGUGGAUUAUGAAGGACCACCAAAACAUUAUAUGUCCAGUGCAGUAUUUGUGUCAAACACAAGCCGCUGGAAUGCAGAUGCCACUGGAAACAGUAUACUUGGGCCAGGUUUUUAUGAGCCUGAGAAACCUGGGAAGCAGUCAUUUCUUUACAAUUCAGGAAAUAAGUGGGUUCCAGCCUGAAACAACCUGCUAUGACGUCCGAAUACAAGACUGGGGACACUAUAUUUAAUACCUUUAUGUGUUGUCUGUUGUUCUGUUUAAUGAAUUGUAUGCUUCCAAACAAGACAAAGAAUCUCCCUUUAGUACGGAUACUGAUCUCAUAAACAUUUAAACAUUUGCUAACAAAUGGAUCAAGCAGCUAGAUAGAACAGACAAAUGUAAGAUUUGGUGAAUCUGUAGCCCCUAGCAUGACACGCCUCAGCUAUCCAUACUGUGUACUAUUCCUUCUUAUGCUGCUGAUGUAAAAUCAGUGAGAACAAAACUAGUGUGAUCCACUGGAAAAAGCAAAGCACACAAGCAGAAACAUUCAGUUCACAGGUUUCUUACUGGGUUGCAUUGCAGCAGUCAUGUUGUCUCCUGUUUCCUCAGUGAACCAAUAUACAAAACUAACGAGACAGAUGAACAUCUCUGAACGUGACACUGCUACAGAGCGAACAUGCUUUAUCAAUAGCUAUUAAAUUAUUUCAAACUAUACAGAUUAUGUAAUAGUGAAGUAAACUAAAAUUUACAAGUUAGGAAUUUUUUUUAAAGCAUAAAAUAGCAAUAAAAGUUAAGUUUGCUAAAGACAUGAAUGUCAUUAUUUUUACUAUGGGUUGCCAUAAUUAAAAGAUUUCCAACAGACUUGUUAUAUAAUGUUGGAAACUACGUCUCUCCUUCAUUAAAAACUUGUUAUGACCAAAUUAAGUAUAUUAGUC